AUGGAGCUAGAUUUAGAUAGCUUAAGGGAAGAGACCGAAAAGAACCUCACCAAAAACAAGUUUCGUUUGCUUGUCCUCUUUUCCGUUGGAAUCCUCGGAAUCUUUAUAUUUAUCGCCCUGGCUCCAGACAUGACAGAUGAAGAGAAAAGCAAAGUUUACAGACUUCCAUUAACUCCACAAGAAAUUUAUGAGCUUAGUCAAGUCUUUUCCUCUUAUACAGAAAAUUCUUACUUAUAUGUUUUGUCGCUUUUUUGCUUCCUUUACUUGCUCAUGCAAAGCUUUGCAAUUCCAGGACCAAUUGUCUUAAGCUUAAUUUCUGGUACUUUAUUUGGAAGAUGGGUAGGUCUCUUGAUAGUAACAAUUUGUGCUACGACUGGGUCGACAAUUUGUUACUUUCUUUCAGAUAUCCUUGGUAAAGGUAUUAUUGUAGCUUCUCCUUUUAAAAUAAUCCAAAAUAGUUGCACAAAAAAUUGAUUUUUUUAAAGAGGGAUUAUAAGUUGAAAAUUAUUUAAACAAAGCUAUCAUGAAUCAAUAAAUUUUAUGAAAUAAGUACGAUAAUAUUGUUUUAAUAUAAAUUUUUUUUUUUGUAUAUAAAUUUCAUAUUAAAAUAAUAGUUAUAAUAUUAUGUUCCAGUUUAAAGAGGGAGUAAGAGCUUUUCCUGACAAGAUUCAAAAGGUCCAUGGUGCAAUUCAGCAACAAAAGGAAAAUGUCUUGUUUUAUUUGCUAUUUUUAAGGGUCGUACCAAUUGUACCGAAUUGGCUUAUUAAUUUGACGAGUCCGAUUAUAGGGAUCCCAAUAAAGACUUUUUUCCGUGAGCGAACAAAAAAAUUUUGUUCGCUCACGGAGGGGGGUUAAUUUUUUUUUUUAAAAAAAAUUUAUAUAUAAAUUUUAUAAAAAAUAUUUUUUUCGAAAUUUAAAAAAAUCCUAAUUUGCAAAAAUUGGGAAGCAAAUAUUAAUUUAAUUUGCAAAAUUUAUGUUUUAAAACGCAAUUUGUUUAAAAUUAAACAGAAUUAGCUCUAGAUUUCAUUAUACUAAUUAUCACUUAUAUAUCAAAAUUUUUUUCCAUUAAAAUUUUUUCUAUUUAAAAAAAUUUUUGUUCACUCACGGAGGGUGGGUUUUUGGUCAAAAAAUGGCGAUUUUUCUAAUGGUUUUGUUCGCUCACGGAGGGGGGGGGGGAGUUAGCAACGCUAUUUGGUCUGAUCCCGCCUAAUUGCAUUCAUAUAAAUACUGGGAUGGCAUUGUCAAGCUUAGGGAGCACAGAGAUGAGUUAUGAGUCAAUUGCCUUGCUGGUAGUUUUGGGGGUGCUAAUUAUGCUUCCUCCGAUUUAUAUGAAAUAUAAUAAAAGUAAAAAAGUUAAAAUUUAA